UCUCAGAUGAACAGGCGGAGAGGACCAGCGUUAUCCCCCAUGGCUACUAAUUCUUUGUGCAUGGAAACAGCCCGGACCCCCUGCAAACUGCGGAGGGAUUAAGUGAAGAGACAGUCCAUUGCCGCCGUGGACGAUGAUCGCCUAUCUGUCCCGGGGCAAUCUGCAGGAUAUAUUAAAUGAAGGCUUCCCGGAGCAGCAGCUGCAGGCUUACGUCGCCUGGGUCAACUCCCAGCUGAAGAAGAAAGCAGGGGUUAAUGCCGUCCAGGACCUCCGGCUGGACCUGCGGGAUGGGGUGGUCCUGGCUCAUCUGAUAGAAAUAGUCGCCGGUGAGAAGCUGAAUGGGAUUCACUGGGAUCCGAGCGGCACGCAAGAAAUGAAGGACAACGUAGAAAGAGUUUUGCAGUUUGUGGCAUCCAAAAAGAUCCGAAUGCAUCAGUCAUCAGCCAAAGAUAUAGUGGACGGGAACCUGAAGUCUAUCAUGAGACUGAUACUUACCUUAGCGGCUCACUUCAAACCAGUUUCUGGGCGAUCCAUGAAUCAUGGUGCGUUGGGCGUGCCAGGAAAGAGCCAGCCGGCUUAUUCUGCCAAUCACAGACCCCACUCCACCACAGCCAUGGCACAGGGUGCAGCCGCUGCCCUCGCAGACGUUCGUCAGGACAUGUCUCUCUCAGGACGAGAUGUCUUCCGCUAUCGACAGAGGAACAGCAGCAUGGACGAAGAGAUUGGGAACCCGUACUGGAGCGUGCGGGCCAUGGUGCAGCAGUAUGAAGGUCACCAGACUAGUCGCUCUCCAUCAGAGUCAUCUAGCCUGGCGUCGCCAAGUCCUGUGCACAGCUCAAAGUCAGAGGUGAACGGCGUUCAGUGCGAAGAGAAGGCAGAAAUCACCAUCAUACAGUGCGAGGAGGCCAUCUCUAAGAAAGAAGAAGGCUCCGUACCUCCACCUGAAUGUCAGCCCUCCAGCCGUACCAUAUGCCCGGACUCCUCAUGGGAGGACCAUCUCCUGGAGCAACAGGAUCAUUUAGAGAAGGAGAUGGAGGAAGCCAAAAAAAUGAUAUCUGGUUUACAGGCCUUGCUGCUAAAUGGAUCCCUUCCCGAAGACGAACAAGAGAGCUUGUUCUGCCUGCGUGAGGAUGGGGCGUGCCCAGAGGAACAAUUGGUCAUCAUCAAAAGUCGCCUUGACCAAAGUAUGAGUGAAAACCAGUCUUUAAAGAAGGAACUUCAAAACUGCAAGCAGGAAAAUCGGAACCUGCAAGCCAUAAAGGAUGCCCUGCAGCAAAGGAUGGCUCAGCAAGAAGGCGUCGUACUUCAGCUAAAGCAAGAACUACUGAGAACCAACAUGGACAAAGAUGAGCUGCACAAUCAAAGUGUUGAUUUGCAAAGAAAAUUGGAAGAAAGAAACCAGUUUAUUGCAGAUUCUAAAAAAGAAAUUGCGCAGAAAGAUAGGCUCAUACAGCAAAUGCAAGGGAAACUGGAUGAUGCACAUCGGAAACUUUCCGAAGCCAAUUAUCAAAAGAACGAUCUUCAGAAAGAGUUAGACAACAGGAAGGUCCUGCUGCAGCAGCUCUUGAGCCGGGAGGACGACCAGGUCACUGGUUACAUCAAUCACCCCUCACAGACUAAUGGAUUCUUACAGACAUCUGGCAAAGGUCCUACACGAGAUCCAGCACCUCAGAGGACGGCCAAUGAUCUGCAGCUGGUCCGUGAUGCUCUGCGCAGUCUAAGAAAUAGCUUUAGCGGUCACGACCCUCAGCACCACACUAUAGACAGUCUGGAACAGGGUAUAGCAAGCUUGAUGGACAGACUGCACGUCAUUGAAAACCAAAGGAGACAAGACCGGAAGACACGAGGAAGGCUGUCAGGAAAUAAAGAGUUAAAUGAAUACAGAGACUCGUGGCCUCCAAACUCAAAGAUGCCCCAUUCUCAAAGUGCCCCAGUAAUGGGAAGUAGUAAUUCCUGCACCAAAGUGCUGUAUUUUACAGAUCGCUCGCUUACACCCUUCAUGGUCAACAUACCAAAGAGGUUGGGGGAGGUGACACUGAGGGACUUCAAGACAGCCAUUGACAGAGAAGGAAACCACCGAUACCACUUCAAAGCUCUGGAUCCAGAAUUUGGAACAGUCAAAGAAGAGGUAUUUCACGAUGAAGAUGUUAUUCCAGGGUGGGAGGGUAAGAUAGUGGCAUGGGUGGAGGAAGACCAUGGAAGCACCUAAAUGUGGUGAACACUCUUAACUUCUUGACCAGUAGAGUGGACAAGUGAUGGACUCAUUUUCUGAGUGGAUUAUUCUUCAAGCUGCCAAAAAGGUCCCUAUGGGUACCAAAAGAAACUUGUCUAUACAUGAACUAGGGAUGAAGAUGGACGAAGGAAAUUGCCGGUGCUGUAUAUAGAAUCUACUGCGUAUUGAACGUUGUGGACAGUUUACAGAGGAGCUCGUCCUUGACAUAUGGAUAUCACAAGCUUCUUCAUGUGUACAUAUCCUGAUGGAGAAAAUUCAGUAUUUUUUAAAAAUGGGUAAAUUCUUGCGUUUCACUAAGGUUUUGGAGCGUCCUAUUUUGAUAGCGUACAUAUUAGUUUUCCUAUAGACACUUAAAAGACGUCUGCGUUUUCACUGACGGUAUGUUUUUUUUAGAAUAAGGUACUUUAAUGGACAUUUAUUUACAGCAUCGUAAUAUUUCAGAACCAAUGCCAAUACUGCUGUUAUGAUGGCAAAGCUGGAGGCCAAUUCUGAGCGUUUGCCUUUACAUAACACUAACUUUUUGGAGAGAAGGACGGCAAUCUUGCAGGUAAUAGUAAGAACCUUGGCUCUAUAGGUUGCUGCGAACUGCACAUAAAAGCGUCACCCAGAGCUAAAACUGACAUGUAGGAGGGGGGCUCUGUGCUGGUACCUGACACCAAGCACACCUGGAUUCACAGUCUGACAACCUCUGCACAUUGAACCUCAUAUGCCCUCCAUUAAAGGAGAUUUCAAUAAGAUGACAUAUCAGAUAUCUCAUAUUAGUAUUUGAUGAAAUAUCCCUGUGAAAGUCGAUUCUCAUCCUGUAAUAAUAUCAAUACAUUGCAGUAGGGGGGGGGGGGUCACUUAUAAAUGUGAGGCAGAGCUGACCAGAGGGUGAUAAGACAUGUCAUUCUUGUUUUGGUCUCACCUCCAUAUCUCUAGGAUAUGCCAUCAAUGUCAGACAGGUGCAGGUCCCACCUCUGGUAGCCGCUCCUCUCACCAGAACAGAGCCCCUAAAGUGAACGGAGAGCAGCCGUGCAUGCGCAGCCGCCCUCCAUUCAUCAAGUGCUAGCUCGGCUAUUUCCAGCAGUCCCAUAUCGGUGAAUGGAGAGGUGGCCGUGCUUGCGUAGUGUGCUCUCUAUUUAUGGAUAUAUCACUUCCGAAAACAGGCAAGCGCUCUCACUCAGCUGUUUUCAGGACUCCCAGAGUGAUGAACGUAGUGCAUGUGCGGUGUGCUGUCCUUCACGUCGGGGCCCCUGUAAGGCGAUAGUAGGAGGUCACAGAGGUCGGACCCGCACCUAUCUGACAUAUGCCAUCAAUGUGCCAGAUGGGAAUACCCCUUUAAAGGGAACCUGUCACCAAGUUUUCCCCGUAUAAACCAUUCCCACCACAAAUCUCCUACACCGUAUACUUUUCAGGUAUCCUGUGUCACUUAAGCUUCUUUCACACUGGUGUUAGGCUUGUCCGGCAGGGGAACAGCCUGCCGGAUCCAUACUAACGUUUGCACACGUGUGCUGCCGGAAGUCCGCCCUGGCCCCAUAUAGCUGCGUUUUUUGGGCAUCCGCCUCUAGGCAUGUUUGCCGCGCUACGGCCGCAUCUCCGUCCCGUCCCCGUUAUAGUGAAUGGGGCUGGGGCGGCUUUCCGGCAGCACACGUGUGCAAACGU